AGACGCUCAAGAACAUCGCGAGACCCGAGCCCAAGGUCACGGAUACACACGAACGUUUGGAAGACAGGUUUAAUUCCACGCUGCUCUGAAGCGGAAACAACUCUGGGAUCAAGGGACAAAAGCAGGAAGGCUCGCUCCGCGCGCAGACGCGCGAACACUUCCGGGGGGCGUGGCUAAACCGCGGAAGGCGGUGCCGACGCCACGCCGAGCUCGCGAGAAGACGUGUCGGGGACAGCCGGCUAGCACCGCCCGUCGAUUGCCUGGCCCCGCCCCGCGCCGGCGCGCCCCCGGGAAAAACCCGCCCCCAAUCCUGGUCGGGCGGGAAGCUAACGCGCGCUCCCUCCCGUUACCCUCCGCCUGGGGGGAGGGUGGGGGAAGCGGAGACGCGCGCUCUCGAGCUGCGUGCUCGCGUACGUCGCCGGGGUUCGGCUGCGUCGGUCCCGCCGCCCGCCCGUUGCCGCCGCCGCCGCGUUCUCGUUUCGCCGGCCGCCGCCUAAGGGGGGCUGGGGCCAGCCGCCACUGCCGUUGCCGGGAUGCCGCGGGUGUACAUCGGCCGCCUGAGCUACCAGGCCCGGGAGCGCGACGUGGAGCGCUUCUUUAAGGGCUACGGGAAGAUCCUGGAGGUGGAUCUGAAGAACGGGUAUGGUUUUGUGGAGUUUGAUGAUCUGCGUGAUGCAGAUGAUGCUGUGUAUGAACUGAAUGGCAAAGACCUUUGUGGGGAGAGAGUGAUUGUUGAGCACGCCCGCGGCCCGCGUCGAGAUGGCAGCUACGGUUCUGGACGCAGUGGAUAUGGUUAUAGAAGAAGUGGCCGAGAUAAAUACGGUCCUCCUACCCGCACAGAGUACAGACUUAUUGUGGAGAAUUUGUCAAGUCGGUGCAGCUGGCAAGACCUAAAGGAUUAUAUGCGUCAGGCAGGAGAAGUAACCUAUGCAGAUGCUCACAAGGGGCGUAAAAAUGAAGGUGUGAUUGAAUUUGUAUCUUAUUCUGAUAUGAAAAGAGCUUUAGAAAAGUUGGAUGGAACUGAAGUUAAUGGCAGAAAAAUCAGAUUAGUUGAAGACAAGCCAGGUUCUAGAAGACGCCGGUCCUACUCCAGAAGCCGGAGCCAUUCAAGGUCUCGCUCUCGAAGCAGACAUUCCCGGAAGAGCAGAAGCCGAAGUGGCAGCAGCAAAAGCAGUCAUUCUAAGAGCCGUUCCCGAUCCAGGUCUGGCUCCCACUCCCGGAGCAAGAGCCGCAGCCGUAGCCCAAGCCGCAGCCGCAGCAAAAAGGAGAAAAGCAGGAGCCCUAGCAAAGACAAGAGCCGCAGCCGGAGCCACAGCAAAGGCAAGAGCCGCAGCAAGAGCAAAGACCACGCCGAAGACAAGGUCCAGAACAACACUGGCAAACCCAAGAGCCGGAGCCCCAGCCGGCAUAAAAGUAAGAGUAAAAGUAGGAGCAGGAGCCAGGAGAGGAGAGUGGAGGAGGAGAAGCGAGGGAGCGUGAGCAGGAGCCGGAGCCAGGAGAAGAGCCUCCUCAAGAGCCGGAGCCGAAGCCGGAGCAAAGGCGGCAGUCGCAGCCGCAGUCGCAGCAAAAGCAAAGACAAGAGGAAGGGCAGAAAGAGGAGCAGGGAGGAGAGCCGCUCCCGCAGCCGCUCCCGCAGCAAGAGUGAGCGGAGCAGAAGGCGCAGCAGCAAGCAAGACAGCAAGGUGGGCAGCAGCAAGAGGAAGAAGAAGGAAGACACUGAGCACUCACAGUCCAGGUCUCCGUCCCGCUCAGUGUCAAAGGAGCGAGAACACGCCAAGGCUGAGUCUGGUCAGAGGGAAGGCCGAGGAGAGAGUGAGGAGGCUGGCCCUAAUCCGGAGACUCGGUCCCGGUCAAGAUCCAAUUCCAAAUCGAAACCAAACCUCCCGUCAGAAUCACGAUCCAGAUCAAAGUCAGCUUCAAAAACCCGGUCUCGGUCCAAGUCUCGAUCCAGGUCUGCUUCUAGAUCUCCUUCCCGGUCUAGAUCUAGGUCCCACUCAAGGUCCUAACUGGCUACAACCACAGCUGGAACUACCCGAGAAGUCUUUUGUACAUGUUUGGUAGCCGUAGCACAAGUGAUUGAAGUAGAACAAAUGUCACUGCUGUACAUUUUUAACUCCCUUAAUGGUGUGUCUACAAUUGUUAAAUCUAAGUGCUUCCUCUCAGUAAAGCCUCCUGGCGCCAGGCCUUCCUGCUCGACUGAAGAAAAAAAAAAAAAAAGUCUUCGAAACCCCCCUUUACUCACGGCCCACAGUAGACUAUCCACAAUGCCUCGGCUUUCAGGCCUGACCUUUCCUACAGGGAGCUCGGUACCUGGACGGCUUUAAGGCUGGAAUGAUGGCGUAGGUAGGUAUGGUGAGUUCAACCAUUUUUGCCCUUGAAUUGACGCCCUUUGAUGUAUGCCAUUUAGUGAAAGUGCUAAGUCUUCAGUUUCCGACCACUUUGGUUUCAUAUUUUUGGACUUAACACAGUUGUGAAUAGCACAGUCAAGGAGAAUUGAUACCUGCAGUAACCCAUAGGAGAUAAACUGUAGAGUUCCAUAUUCUGGUAUUGUGAUUAUAUUGUUUUAUAUUAAAAAAA